AUGCCCUCGGUGCCACCGACAAGCGUUCUACCAAGCACAACAGCUCUCCCACAGACAACUCCUCUGGCGACAGCAGCUAUUCCGCUCGUAGCCGUCACCUUCCUGACCAGGAUUACCACCUUUACACCAGCCAAUUUCACAGCGGACUUCCAGGCGCAGUACAUCCAAGGAAUCCAAGCCAGCGCGCCAAACAUACUCCAGGUGAUCAUCAACAGCAUCGUGGCAGGGACUGUCAUAGUCAAUACGACAACCGUCACGACGCAGCAAGACGCGCCGAUGGUCGUCCAAGCCGCGUCCACAAAUUUCAACGAGACCUUGCCGCCGCAAACCUUCGGGCAGCCCACCGUGUCGCAAGUCACCGUCGCCCCGGUGGCGGCCGCGGCGGCUGUGCCCCCGCCAGUCACGCUGGCGGCGCCCCCGCCGACGACGACUAAGGCGCCGGUGACUACGGUGCCGGUCCUGACAACUGCCCAGCCCAUGGGCCCUGGCCCCGCGCCCACGCCGCCGCCCACCACCAUCAACAACUCGAAUCAAACUGUUAUCAUCGGGGGCUAA